AGCUUUAACGUAUGCUUUGUGAUGGAGUAUGCCGGACGUGAAGAACCACAAGGAGCUGUCGGACCUGUUUUGGAUCAAGCAGCGGCCCAGUUCCAGAUCAGGAUGUUUGGGAAAUGUCAGUUCAUGUGAAGCAUUUCAUGAUUUGAUAUAAUUCAACUUCAUUUGAAGAACAAGUUUGUCUGUUUCAGAAUGUAAGCUCGUCUUCUACCCUUAAUAAAGUGCAACUUGGCGAUGUUAAUUGCAAUAUUGACAAUCCUGAACCUUGGUCUUUCAAAGGAACAUGUUCUAAAUAUUUUCCUUUGGUUUGAGUUCAUAAGUGAUAAAAAGUAAUUGUGUGAUGAUGAGUUACAAAAUUGUUGUCAUUGAAACCUAAAAUACCUCUAAAGUUAUUCAAGAGACUUGUACAUAGCGUAAAGGCAUAUCUAAAUAGGAGUUGUUGCCGGACCCAGUGUUCAGGUUCCUUCAUUCCAUUCACUAGUAAACGUGAAUAUGUAAAUAAUUAUUUAUGAUAUUUUUAUUGCCUCUAUAGUAGUAGUAGUAGUGUUAAUAAUUUGUUGAUUUUUAAUUUUUAACCCUUUAAUUCAGUUAAUUCUGCAAUGUGGCAAAUUAACGGUAUAUAUAAAUAGCAAACUAAUUAUCAGUGUUCGUAAACCUUAUUUUUAUUAAAUGCAAAAUAUGCCUCUUUGGUUUUUAAGCACGCUCUACAUGCAUUUGUAGGUAUUGAUAUGGAAGAUAACAGGGUAAUUGGCUGAUUUUGUUGUUUUGAUUCACAAUGUAUACCGCUUCCAUAUACAACUUUCUCACUUAAUGUGGGGUUUUAAGGAAAAUGCAGGACAAGACCCAGCUGAAAUCUAGUUCAACAAUUACUAUGGUGCCUGUAAAAUGCAUUGUUUAUUCAGUUAAUUAUUUUAAGUUAACAAUUGCAAGUUCCUGUGUUUCACAGGUAUUUUAAUAUGUGUGAAAAUUUACAGAAAGCUGUUAAUCCACCUUUGGAAUGUAAUUCUCUCUGUUAGUGGCUAUGAUUUUGCCUUUGAAUUUCUUCAACUAAGCCAAAUUCACAUAAUAGGUAGAUUAUUUAUGUUUUUAUAACUCCAUGCAAUUUUGUCAAUGAUUACUUUUCCUUUCAAAUUGUUGCCACCAUAAACCACCAGUCUCCCGGAACAAGUAAUUUUGAAUACAUGUCAUGUUAAUCUUAUUGCUGCUCUUGAUAAUUUCAGAAAUGUCUCCCUCUUGAGUAUCAUUUUGAUAUAUGCUUGUAGUUGUUUUGGAAUAAAAAUUCUAUGAAAGUGAAUUUUGUAAGUUGGAUGUGUUGUUACCUGUAAUUGAAAGGAUUUUUUCAUUUGAUUUGAAACUUUGAUUUCAAGGUGCUUUUGCUAAAGAAGAUUUGCAGGAAUUUUCCAUUAAUAUGAGAAGACCUGUAACCCAAUACAUACUUGUUCAGGCUAGAUUUGGGAGGCAUCAUUUUCCUUUUUUCCUCAGUGGAUGCUUUCAAUGUUUUUGUAAAGCAUAAAAUAUUCAUAGGCCUUUGUUGAUGUGUGGAUUUUUGAAACCAAAAGAGCAAUCUAAUGGUAGGAUUGAAUUCAAAUAAAACUUCUAUCAAAUUUCGGAUUAUUUGGAAGACAACAGAUGCUAUUAUCACUCUGAUCAUAUGGCAUUUUUGUCUAAAGAAUAAUAAGUUAGAACCAUCUAGACAAUAUAAGAACUGUAGCAUUAAAUAUUUAUCAGCCACAGAAGAUACAUGUUCUGUGUUAACCACCAAGAGAUGAUCAAGGAUUUGUGUUUCUUUGUUUGACACCAUACUUUUUUUUGGCUUUAAUCUUGUCGUAGUCUGAUGGGUAGGUAUUCAUACAUGGGAGAAGAUGAACUUCCUGAUGUUAGGAAUUCACAAUCUCCUGAUGGAGGAAAAGAUAAAAGGAAUGGCUCCAGAACAGGAAAACCAAGGUCAGCCCGUGGUAGCAGGCAGCCAAGAGAUCAUGAUUAUUGCAUCAGAGUUCUUGUUCCAUCCACCAUGGUGGGAGCCAUUAUUGGUAAAGAAGGAAAGAAAAUAAAAGAUCUUACAGAUAAAACUGGAACAGACAUCACAGUGCACAAGAAAGAUGAUAAGGGUCCUCCAGAAAAGGUUGUAGAGAUUGUUGGAACAGCAGAGCAGUGUACUGAAGCUAACCUUGGCAUUCACAGGACUAUGCGUGCAGAAACUGAUCCUGCAAAAAGAGGCCAAGUUAUUGAGAUGCGUAUAUUGGUUCAUAGUAGUAUUGCUGGAAGAGUGAUAGGUAGAGGUCAUUGCCACCUUAAACAUAUUACUGAAGAUGUAGAGGUUACUUCUGUUCGAGCAAAAAGGGGAGACAUCAACCCAUUAAACCAAAUGGAUAGAGUAAUAACAAUACAGUUUCAAUUGCCAGCAGAACAGUUAGCUAUAUCUGAGGAUACUAUGCUUAGCCCAGAAGAAGAGGAAGCACUUUCAAAAUGUAGUCAAGCUGAACACUUAGUCAGUGUCAAAGCAUACAGUUGUCUCAGAGAGAUCAUGUCACAGCAACAACAGCGCCCAAAUGUACAGCAACAGUUUAUGCCUCCCCAUGCACAGGGUCCUUGGCCUCAAAUGGGAGCACCCUCUUAUAAUAAUCCACAACCUACUCAUCCUUUUCCUUCAUGGUUCCAAGGAACAUUUGGAAAUGUCUUUCAGGGUUAUAUGAAUGUGGCUCAGAUGGGAGUCAAAGUUCACCUGUCAUUUCCAUCCAAGUUUGCUGGCUCAUUGAUUGGUAAAAAGGCUUCAAAUCUUCACCAUAUAAAGAAUUUCAGUGGAGCUCAUAAAGUGCAUGUGUUUCCCAAAGAUCGUGAUGCACCUGAGAGAUAUGUGGAGAUCAUAGGCACUCCUUUGCAGCAUUACCUAGCUCAACAUUGUGUUUAUUGUAAGCUUGCAGAGGAAGGCUACAAAACAAAUUCAGGGGAAAAUUUUGGUGAACUAAAAUUGAAAAUAGAAAUUUUCAUACCUCUUAAACCAGGCAGUAAGGAUCAGCCCAAUGUAAUAGGCAGAUUUAUUGGUAGAGAUGGCCAAAACGUUAAAGAACUGCAAAGACAAACAGGAGUACGCAUAAAAGUUGUUUCAACCAGUGAAGAUUCUGAUAGUAAUGAGGCAGUUAUAGUUAUUGAAGAAAGCUUUGCCAGUGGCCAGCGUGCCCAGAUGCAAAUUCUUGAUGCCAUAGUUCGAUGUCAAUCUCCCCCACCAAGGAGGCAGCAGGUGCCUUACAGCUGAAAAUGACUCCAGGCUAGGAAAUGUGCAGAUGCGUUAUAUCUUUGUUAUUUUGACUCUCCUGCAUCAUACUGUCUCCCAGCAUCUUGUAUAAUUAUGUCAUACUAAAAGUUCUAUUGUGGUCUGUGUUGGUCAGUGAAGCUUACCAGGUGUAUUAUUGGUAUAAGCUGCUGGUCACCAGUGAGGCACACCUUACUUCCAGAAGUAUUGGAUCUGACUAAAUCAAUCUGAAAACCUUUGUAGUAUUCAGUGCAAUACCAUGUAAUCUUGUAGGCAUGUGCACCAUUCAUUGUGAUGUGUGAAAAGGCUUCUUCUCAGACUUUUCAGCAAGUAUUUCAGGCAGGCAGGCCUCUUUGAUGUGAGAUUAGGAAUUUCUGCCAGAGUUAAUUUUAGGCCACUGAGCACCACAAUCUAGAUUAAAUUCCCAUGCAUGUCUGUGCCUGGAACUGACUCCUCCAAUAGUAUUUUAUCAUUUAAGUUGCUCAAGCCCUUUUGGUUCUUUCCUCUUUUCUUUUCUUUUUUUUUUUUUUUUUUUUUUUUUUUUUUUUUUUUUGCACUAAGUAGCUUUAAGUAGAUUGCGUAUGAAGAUUGUAAUUUUUAAGGAAUAUUUUAGGCAUGCUUGCUGUUGCCUUUCCACCCUGAAAGGGGAAUGUGAUUGGUUUUUUCUUCUUAUGGGAUAAGUGACGGCUUCUGGUUUAUCCGCCUUUGCAAUUAAUUUCUUCGUGGGUUUUCGUCCCAGUCGCUUCAUAAUUGGUUUAAUAAUUCAUUGCUCGCAGAACAGCAUCAAUCCUAACACGCUGUUUAUUUCAGUCUUAGUUGGAGAUAGACAAAUGCUUUUGUUUUCAUACGUGGAUUUAAUUCUUAGCUUCGAGAUCCUUCAGUUCUCCAUACCGCUGAACCGUGAACAGUCAGUUGAAAUACAUGUCUUGCUAUUGGCCUUUAGCUAGCUGCUCAAAACUCAGAAGAGUUCGUCGAAAGACUUGAUAGUGUUUGGGUGGGGUUAGAAUUGAAUGAUUGUAAUUUUAACUACUGUGUAGUUUAAGUGACGGUGACCCAAAGCUGGCUGAGGGACUCAAUACGUGGUAGCAUUGAUACUACUCUCCUACUGUACACUAUUUUCUUGGUACUUAUCUGGAAUUAUUAUUGAUGGACCCUAUACGCCCAUAUUUUUCUCCAGAUUAAAUUAUUUUGAACUGGCA